CGUGUCAACAGGUGUGCAGAAAAAAAUCCCAAAGCCAUGGCUGUGGAGGAUCUUCACACCAUAAUUAAACGAUGUCAAAUCCUAGAAGAGCCUGACUUCAAAGGCGAAGAUUUUAGCCUCUUCCAGUCGGCCAGCCAGAAGUGCUUGGAAGAAGGGCGCGUAGCCCAAAUAUUAGACGUAAUUCAAAACGAAAAGAACAAGGUUAUCGUCCGAUGCAUGGGCUGGAAUCUCGUCGGGCCCGUCGUCAGAUGCGUUUUGCGUUACAAAGAGGAGGAUCGAAAAAGAGGAGAGUGUUUGAAAAUAUUGGAUUUACUGGUAGAGAUCUGUAAUCCAAAGGAACUCCUUUUGGGUUUGCUCGAGCUCAUUGAAGAACCCUCCGUGAAUCAGAUAGCCCAGACUAUUCUUCUUCUGCUUCAGCCACUUCAGACAGUGAUUCUGAAACUUCCGAGAAAGAAGGCGUCGUCGGUGGGCUUGGCUUUGUCUACCCUCUGGAAUCAGCUCCGUCUUCUACCCGUCCCUUACACGAAAGAACAAAUUCGAGAAGAUCGGCAUGGCUUCUGCCAGUGUUGUCGGGCCUUAGCGAAGUUCAGCCAGCCUUUUGUGGACGAAGUUGUGAAAAACAAAGAGCACCCACCGGAAAACGAUAAUGAAGAAAUGAAGUCAGAACUGCUCAAAUUUUGUUUCCAAAGCUUGAAAUAUCCUCUGCUAACGGUGCAGUUCGGAGAGGUAGCUGAAGGAUCUGAAGACGAUCCUCUCAGGACUUUCGCAUCAGAGAUCGUAGGCUUUUUAUUAGCAGUCGGAGACUCUCUCCCGAAAGUGCUUUUUCAGUAUGGGAAGAGAAGCCGAAAUUGGGAUCGCCGGGAAUUUGAGGAGGAGGAAGAUAAGCAGUUAGCGGACUCCAUGGCUUCACUGUCGUAUCUGGUCUUCGUGCACAGCCUUGGUAUCGAUCAGUUUCCAAUGGUCUUGAGUCCAUUGUACCUUCUGCAAUGCAAUAUGGCGCACGUCGACGUCCUUCUGAAAAGGACCGAAGAGUCUGUGUCUUCAAAAGGAUUGGAUCUUUUGGAGAGCAGCCUGCUUCGGUUGGAAGACGGUCGUCUGCUGCACCAAUACCUGGAAAUCAAGAGUUUUCUCACCGUACCUCAGGACUUGGUGAAAGUUAUGACCCUCUGCCCUGUUGAAUCUCUGAGAAAAAAGAGUUUGAAGGUGCUCCAGCUGUACAUAGACAAGUUGGAUUCAAGAGGCAAAUAUAUAUUAUUUAGGUGUUUGCUGAAGACAAGUAGCCACUCCGGUGUGGAAGGCUAUGUGAUUCAGAAUAUUAAAAAUCAAAUCGAUGAAUCAUUAAAGAGCGCACAGGACAAUAAGUGGUUUACGGGGCCACAGUUGAUUUCGCUUCUCGAUUUAGUGCUCCUGCUUCCCGAAGGGGCUGAGACAGACCUACUCCAAAACUCCGACAGGAUUAUGGCUUCAUUAAAUCUACUGAGGUACUUGGUUAUCAAGGAUAAUGCGGACAAUCAAACUGGAGUAUGGGCGGAACUUAAGAAGAUUGAAGACAACUUCUUAAAGCCACUACAUACUGGACUUAAUAUGUCGAGGGCACACUAUGAAGCAGAAAUUAGGAGUAAAAAGGAAAACAGGCAAGAAUGCCACAAGUCUAAAAAUCCUUGCACUUUGACAGUGGGUGGAGAGAAGAUCCCAAACAUGACUCCUGAAAUGCAACUUCAGGCUCUUCAUUCAGCUCUUUUCACAUUCGAUUUGAUAGAAAGUGUUCUGGCCCGAGUAGAAGAACUCAUUGAAGCGAAAACAAAAUGCCCAUCAGAAGAAAAUACUGGGGUAAAGUGAAGUUUCUGGAUCCUAAACGGCCAAUAAACAGUCAGCAAGGCAGCACUCUGAACACUAAAAUUCAGGCAUUCUAAAACUCUGUUUCUGUCACAAUGCUGCUGGAAAAUAAAUGCUGCUUUUUUCAUGUGCCCGC